UCUUGUUAAGCAACUCAAACUAAGCGAGGUAUCAGUAAAGCAAAGCGAGAGGCGCAUGUGAGCCAAUGCGUGAAAUUCAGAGCACAUAAUCAAAAGAAGAACAACACUACUAGUAGUUGUUAAUUCAGUAAUCGAUCUCUCCUGAUACACUAUUUUGGUGAGCAUAUAUACAGAGCUGGAUGCGUAUUAACGUACACACACUUGUACAUCACCGGGGGCAUAUACCUUACCUGGAGUGUAGCCAAGCUAAGGAAGAGGGAGGCUGUUUCUCUGCUGCUCUCUGAACCUCUUUGAACACGCCACGCCUCGCCCGUGCCGGGAAAUGCAGAGGCAGCUGAGCCUCUCGGCGAUGCCGAGGCUGUACCAGGAGGAGGAGGACGGCGACGACCUGGAGGCGAAGCCGGAGAAGGCGCCGGCCGCCCGGCCGUCGGCGAAGGAGCGGUCCGUUCACCUCAUACCGCUGCUCACCGCCCUCUGCUUCGUCAUCCUCUUCCUCUUCUCUCAUGACCCUUCUGCUUCCGAAAUGUCCAGUUUUGGAGGCAAGGUUGGGAAUCGGAAGCACAAGUUGUUCUAAUGUGAAUUACUAUGUGAUAGCAAGAAGAACCGAAGUGAUAUAUAUAUAUAUAUAUAUAUAUAUAUAUAUAUAUAUAUAUAUAUAUAUAUAUAUAAUUUUCUUUCUGAAAACGUGUAUUUGGAUAUUUGAUCUCAAAUCUGAAGUAUAAACACAAAUGUGUAUGGACCUUUUUGCAGCCAUAAAUAACUCGCAAAGUAGUACUCCUACAUUGCUAAUAAAACCGUUUGACCUUUAUUAUCCAAUGAUAUUCUUUAGCUGGCUUAAAGUAAGGAGAAAAGUGUAACAUGAAAACAUUUGAGGAAUAACCACAAUCCCACAUCCAUAUGUGAAUGAUGAAUGUACAUAUCAGUGAUCAGUGGAAUAAUAAUGGUGACAUCCAAAUAAUCUUUUGGUUGAAAAACGUCGGUGUCUGAAACUGCAGGGAGAUGGUCUGCGGCCCAACUUCCCUUUCCCUUUAUUUUUCAGGCACUUGCUCUAGACCUCUAGUACUCCAUCAGUCUAUCUCCACCUGUAAACUGUACACCACACACUGCAGUUGAAUCCUAUAUCUUGUAGCCAGAAGAACUUUCAGAGAGAAUGGAUGUAUUGUAUGCACUAAAACAAUGAAAACUUUAGAGUAAA